AUGGACAAUGGCAAUAAUCAGGAUGAUGAGCAACAACCUCCUGCACCUGCUUCAGAUCUGUCUGCAAUAGACAUGGAUUUUGAGCAGCUCACUUCUGAACUACCUGCUGUAGGCAAAAACACAUUGCAGUUUGAUAAUGCAGCUGUUGAGGAGGAUGCUGAGUUGUCUCUCAGUAUUGAAGAUGAUCCGGACACAGGGAAUCCCACCAAUGCAGAUAUGAAGAUGGAAUUAAUGCCCGUGGAAUCAGAUGUAAGUUUCGCAAAUAAAAUAUUGUGUGUCUUUUUUUAACCCAGUCCUGAGUGACCAAGAUCAAUUUUCUCGUAAUGAUAUCCAUACAUUGUCAAGAGAUAAGGUUAUGAGAAGUAAUAGAAUGAUCACCUAAGAGAAAUGCCUUGAUCAUUUUUCAAAUUCUCUCAACACACUCUUUGAGGAAAUGUAUGGAGUUUAGUUUGGAGAAUUUGUAUCUGGAAAUUGGGGCUUAAAGGGUUAACUAAUUAAUAAGCCUCUGUUUAGUAGUGACUACCUGCAGGGACAGAACAAAAGUCACUAACUGGUGGCUUUCAUAAUAAUUUUUAAUUAUUAAUUGCCAAGGAGCAGCCUUGUGAAGACGCGAGGCUGCGACGCAGCAACCUAAUAGAUCAGAGCCGUGCGCAAUAGUUCCAGGAGCAGAAAAAAAUCUCGAAUCAAUGAAACAUAUAGUAAUGUAAGGCAACGUUUAUGAUGUAAUGCAGAACAGAGAAUGCAUUGUUUUUGAGCAAACUCGUGAUACAAAAUCCAUGAGCCGUGUGCGUGUUUGUGAGUCCCGUGCUCAUCCCCUCAUCAACCAAUCGUUGGGUGGAUAUUCAUUUGCAUCAAAAUUUAUUGUGUCUUGGAAGCAAAAUAGUACGUAGUAAAGUUGGGAUUUCAAAUUCUUUACUCAGUGGAACUCUUUAGUUCACCAUUUUCGUAAGACAAACGUAAAGCAAGGGGCACGCAUACACCAACCCAUGAUCCGACUUCCCUGUGUGUGGUGGGAAAACUGCCGUGCUGGGGUCCUGUUGUGUGGAGCUGGUGCUUAAAGGAAUGCUUUGCGCUACCCACCGCAAUAAGACACAGGGGUUUUCUCUGUUCUUUGACCCGAUGGUGGAACAACUGUCUAUGGCUACCACUGCCUGCAUGAUAUGGCUGUACGCAUGCACAUGCAUGAGGUACUGGCCAGGACGUGGGUUGGUGUAUGUGUGCUUCUUCUAGUUUAAGGAGUUGCACUCAAAGGAGUUGCCCCGGCAGUAAAGGGUCUUUGAGACACAAGUUUGCCCCAUUCAUUGACCUGAUGAUUAUGCCAUGAUGAUGAGCCCCAGUAAGGGCAAAACAGUUGUCCAUGGCUGCCACUCACCGGAUGAUAUGGCUGUAUGCAUGCAUGAGGUACUGGCCAGGUGGUGGGUUGGUGUUUGUGUACCUCUUGCUAUGACUAUUUUCAUGCUAAUUUUCACUUAUGCAAUCAAAUUAAGUUCAUUCUGUUUUCAUAAAUUACUGUAAUUCAUUACAUGUCUAAACAAAUUGAACAGCACACGCAUGCACUCUCUUUUUCUAUAAGAAUAUAUUUUAUAAGAAUAUCAAGGCUGAAAUUUGCAAAAUUUUAGGAAUAUUUUAAGAAUAAACCCCAGACUGAGAUUUUGAAAAGGAUAUAAUUUUGUGUGUUCAAAAACUUAAGUACCUUCAACUUAAUUAUUCCAUUCUCCAAACGGCAAAACUUGCCAACAAAACAAAAAGACCUGCACUAACUAUAAUUGAUCACCCCAAUAUAUUUUAAAACGGAAAUGCCAUAAGCUAUUGUCAUUGAAGAAUAAUACAAGAAUAUUUUCAGCCUAAAAUUGGCAGAAAAAUAAGAAUGUUCAGCCUCGGCUGGAGAAACAACUUUCUUAUGAAAAAAAGAGUGUGGGUAAAAUCUUUGCUUGUUGGCUCAAAGCAAGUAGCUAUAGCUAUAUAGUUAUGAUAUUAUAAAUUAUUAUGAUUAGAGGUCCACCUGAAAACAGCAUUAGAUGUGGUAUAUAUUUUUCAUGAUAUUUAAGCAGAAUAAUGAAUGAAUAAUUACAUUUAAUGUAAUAUUAAAUAAAUGAUUCAGUCAGGCAUUUAAAUAUUGAUUUAUUCAUUAGCUUAUAUGUAGUUUUCUAUUUACGUUGUAUUUGUGCAAUGUGCCUCAUGCAAUUUGCACUUACUGUUUAGUUGUGGUGUUUUUCAAUUUUUUUAAAUUGAUUUUCAAUCCUACAAGUUAAAGGUAUUUGUGAAAAUAGCCAUGCUUUCCACAAAGAAUUUAUUUUUCAUGAAAAUACCGUAGGGUUUGCAUCCAGAAACAGAUGAUGCUAGCUGCGAAGAACCAGAUCCCACAAAGGAAGAUACACUAGCACCAGAAGCCAUGACAGAAACAGAACCAGCAAAUUCAGAUACUAAAGAAUCCAAAGUUACAGAAACGGGUGUCUCUACUCCAUCAGUUUCCUUUGAUGACAAAGCUGAACAAAAUUCGCAGGAAGAAGAAGAGGAAGAAGAGGAAAAGCCUGUGAAGUUUGGAAAAAUUGUUGAUCCUCAUGUCUUGGGGUGCUGUGAAUUCUGUGGUGGUCCUGUAAAGCGGCGGAGGUUUUGUUCUCCUCUCAAAAGAUUCUGCUCCAAGGGUUGUUCUAGAAGUUCAAGGAAAGCUAAAGUAAUGUUUCCUUUAUAAAUAGAAACUAAGUGUUAGCUUGUACAUUUAUACUUCAAAAGGCUUUGGCUUAGGAUGUAGGCAUGUAAAAGAGCCUGUUUACAUGUUCUCAACAUUUGUUCACGUAUGUUUGGCUUAACCAUUUAAUGGCAAAACGUUUUUAACAAAUUUUCCAACAUUGUUAAAUGUAUUUAUUGAGAAGUAUUGAAAGCUUGUUAAUGUGCAGUUUGUGAGAGCAGUCACACCUUUAUUGGUUCUUGUUUCAACUGCCGAGAAAAGGCAUCUGCUCUCAUCACCAGAUAGUUAAUGUGUGAAAGCAAAUUAAUUUAAUCCAGUAGCAACAUUGCUUUAACUUUCUUUCCUUGAAAACCAUAAAAUUAAAAUCCUUUAUUGAAAGCCCCCCUCUUUGAUAAGGCCCCCCUUUUCAGUGGAGGAAAGUUAUGAAGCCCCCCCCUCCUCUUGUUAAAGCACUCCUCCUUAUCCUUAAAAUAGAAUGUGUUAAAUCAUAACUUUGCUUGAACCAAAGAUACCUUUUAUUCCUUGCUGACUUCACAAGUUUAGUGAUGUAGACAGCUUAUGCAUUUGUCAUGGAUAGGCUGGGCCUAUAAUAAUAAUUAUUAUUUAUAUAUGUUAUGUCAGAAAAAGGAGAUUGAGGAUAUUAUCAAUGGACAGGAAGUGGAUGAAGGGAACUCUUAUACCUGCACAGUAACAGGUAAGUGCAUGAGUCAAAAAAAAAUCGUACAUUCAUAGAGAGAAAAAGUGUGAUGUCAUGUUACUUCUUGAUCUUAACAAUCUCUCAUGACAGAGGCGGCCACUUGCUUUUUUGAACGAUAGAAGUACCUGUUCCUUAGUAGUAUACAGUGCAAUCAUGCACAGGAAAGUGUUGUUUCUUUUUUUUCUGGAAUGUUUGCAGGACAAUGGUUUGUUGGGAUCCAGAAAUUUUGCCACCAUGCUAACAUGACGUAACAACUUCUCCACUCUGUGUUAUUAUAAGUAUAGCUAAUAGCAUGAUUAAUUUGUAGUGAUGUUUGGCAUAAAAUACCAUGAAUGAUAUUUCAAAAGUAAAAUUCAAGACAAUUUUGAAAUAUCACGAGUGGUAUUUGUGCCAAAUAUCACGUACAAAUCGUGCUAUUAUUUGUUUAUACUACUACCCGCAAAAGAUUUGUAAUUUUCACAGGUAGGUAUUUCAAAUUGACCUGAAAUACCACUGCUCUAAGCCACUCACAUUGCAGAAAUGUCUCAUGUAGUAGUAUAACUAAUGGUAUCUCUAGUCACAUUCAUGGUGAUAAUAUAAAAAAACCAUUUUUGCACGUGUGGAAUGAUUAGUAAUGAUGUAGUGGAACAUACGCCAUUUUAAGGACAUUCAGUUAGUAGACAAUUAUUAUUUGGUUCUAAUUUACAUGCAUGCAGAUACCAUUGUACCUGCAUAAUGCCAUUAUACUGUACUUCUUGUUGUUUGAAGCAGGCAUGUUUUUGUUUAACUGUGGGGAGGUUUGAAAAAAAGCAAUGGGUGCUUUCAAGCAAUAAAAUGUGCAUGAAUAUCAUAUCUUCUAUGAACACAGGGGGCAGUUUGUCAUUUCAAGCAUUAAAACGGGUGCUCGACUGGAGAAAAAAUGAUCAAUGCAGGCAGUGGGUGGGAGCACUAAACAAAAAACAGUAAUGAUAAUGAAGGGAAUUGUCAAAAGUAGCCGGCUGCCAGCAAAAAUCGCUGCCUACUUGGUUAGUAUGAGCCGGCUACUCUGCUUAGCAUUUAUUUACGGAUGGGGUUUUUUAAUUAUUAUAUCCCUGGACUGGCCGCUCACUUUGACAACUCAGCUGUCUACUUUAAAACGUUCUGACACCCCUGAAUCAUGCUCAUGUUGGCUUUGUCAUUUCCUUGAGAGUUGUUAAUUUUGUGUGUGUUUUAAGGGAGUGAGGGUGAGGCCCCUCAUAAAGUCACUUGGACUGAUUACAUGGAAGCUGCCCUCAGCAAGGCUGCUCCUGAUUGUUGCUUCAAACAUGUGAGUGUCUUAUAUAAUCUAUAUUGUGAUAUUUUGCCAGUUCUGGACGAACUUCUGGGUAGUCUAAAUUGUCUCAGCUUUCACUCGAGCUAUACUCUGCCAUUGUUGUUGACUGCAGUGUAGCAGGAUUAAAAUGAGCUAGCUGGCCUGUGCCACUGUUCCCCAGGACACACCUUCACUGAGAGCUGUAACUGCCAUUGACAUCGCUCGCACUGUUUUUGACAUCUAUUAUCACUAUUAUUAUUAUUAUUAUUUAUUGCUACUAUUAUUAUUUAAUUUUUUAUGUAUAUUGUUGUUGGAAGUUGAAGAAUUAUUAUAAUUUUGUAAGUAAUAUUUAUUUAUUCACCCAACAGACGACAGUUGAAGUUCCUGGCUUAAAACCUGGCAUGAAACUGGAAGCGGUUGACAGGAACAACCCACCUUCAUUCUGUGUUGCCACGGUUAUACAGAAGGUUGGACAAAGAGUGCGCAUUCGUUAUGAUGGGUUUGGAAAGGAUAGUAGCAAUGACCACUGGUGUAACUUCCAAGCAGAGGAACUUCACCCAAUAGGAUGGUGUGCACAGAAUGGAUACCCUCUACAACCACCAAAAGGUAAAUAACAAGUCAUGUAUUUGUAUAGAGUGUUUUCACAUGACGUCGCGGCAGCCCUGUUGGUGUCCCAAAACAGUGAAACGGUGGCCAUGUUGGUGUCCCACACCAAUCCUUUUGGAGUUGAACUCUUUUCUUAUGCAAAUGAUCUCUUUUGUUCCAAUAAAUUUGCAUAGAUGCUGGCCACGUGAGUGAAAACACUUUAUAGGUGUCUCCUUAACCCUUUAAAUCCCAGUAUCAACAUACAAAUUCUCUAGACUGCAUGACCUGUAUGCAUUUCUUAAGGAAUUGUUUAUGAGAAUUUGAUAAAAGAUCAAAGCUUUUUCUCAUUGGUGAUCAUUUUGUCAAUUCUCUUAACUUUUUCUCUUGAUAAUGUAAAACAGUAUUGGAAUUGUUAGGAGAAAAUUCAUUUUGGCCAGUCUUGGGAACUAAAGAUUUAAUUAGUAGAUUUAGUACAAGUGUUGGUUUGGAUCUUAGGGGUGGUUGAACCCCAGGGUAGUUAUUACUGAAACCACCAAUGUUAACAUGCUUAAGUUGCAACGGAUUUGUCCUACCACAUUUCCUGUCACAUUUUUAUAAUUUCUGUGUCCUGUCUUGACUCGAUCAUUUUGAUGUCGUUGAUUUGUAAAACACAGUGCUGUCCCAAAUUUGAAAGUAUUAUUUGACUGAUCCCCUUUAAAACUCAUUUAACUGUAAAUAAUUUGUUAUUCUGUUUUAUCAUUUUAGGCAUUAAUAGCACUCUAGAGGACUGGAGAACUUUCUUAACUCAGACGCUUACUGGUGCACUUGCUGCACCUCAUGACCUUUUUAGAAAGGUAUGUGGUGAUUGGUGUGCCAGUCAUCGAUAAAUUACAUGUGUAAUACUACUGUAUGAGAAAUUUCUGCAAUUUGAUUGGGUGGUACUUCAGCUUAAUUUGAAAUACCUACAUGUGAAAAUUACAAACCUUGUUUGGGUAGUAGUAUAAACAAAUAAUAGCAUGAUUUGGACAUGUUGUUUGGUAUAAAUACCACUCGUGAUAUUUCAAAAUUGUCUCAAAUUUCACUCGCCUAAUGGCUCGUGAAAUUACGUGUAACAAUUUCGAGUUAUCACUCGUGGUAUUUAUGCCAAAUGUCACUGCAAAUCAUGCUGUUACCUGUACUAAUCAGUCAUUGAUCAAAAGCUUACAUGUAAGUUGACCCAUAUAAUAAUCAAUUAUAGAAAAAGUUAAAUCAAUAUGUGGAAAAAUGAAAAAUGAAAUCUUUGCAAUUAGAAAAUAUGUUAAAAAUAGCGGGUUUUUUAGUAGACAGAUAUUAAUGCAGCUAUAUAAAUCUAUUGUCUGUUUUUGUUGCGCUCUUUACAAACAUAGCACAAAAUGAAUCCCCUUAUGGUCCACAGUAAAUAAAGCUCAAAAGUUAGAUGUUUACUUUGACUUACACACACGUGAAAAAUAAGUUCCAUACUUUUGAAGAGAUUUUUCUAAUUUUUUAAAGACAGUGAUCAGUCCACUGGGUCAAUCUGAUUAUUGCUGAUAUAAUAUAUUAUUCUAAGAAUCUCAGCCAAUUCCCAACAACUGACACAGUCAUCUCUGCGCAGGUAGAUCUGUGCAUGUCUGCAUUUGACUGUUGUUGUUUUUUCUAAUAAACCUGAUUCUUUUCAAGCAGACUCAAGAGCACUUCCAGCCGCGUGUUCAUGGUUUUGAAGUUGGCAUGAAGUUGGAGGUAGUUCACCCAAUAAAACCAUCAAUCAUCUGUCCUGCUACAGUGACUAAGAGUCUUGGGCCGUACUACUUUGCCAUCACCACUGAUUACCAAGAAGAUGUCCCUUCUGUCACAUUCUGUUGUCAUAGUGACUCUCCAGGGAUAUUUCCAGCGGGGUGGUGUUCUAGGCAUCAGGUUGAACUUGCCGUCCCUGCAAGUAAGUGGAAAGAAUAUCACCAACUUCCCUGGAGAAAAUAAUAUGAUCAUUAAGUACAAAAGUGUCGAAAAUGCACAGACCUGUUUUGGUUGAAAUUUAUGCUUUUAAAAAUGCACUUUUUUGAGUGUCAAUGUAUUUAGCAUGAAAGUACUAAUUGGGGACACUAUAUUUUACGUUUCCAACUGGAGACAGCACUGACAUGUGGUCACAAUUAGAGCCACGUGAAGGUCUAAGCCACUUGCAGUGCAAAGGGAGUACCUUCAUUUCUCAGUUGUCUUAAAGACCCUGAGUAUUGGUCCGACCCUGGGAAUCGAACCCAUGACCUCCUGCUCUGUAGUGAAGUGUUCUACCGACUGAGCUACAUGUCCUGCUGCAGUUAAAAAAGAGUAUUUUUGGGCAUGGGAAUUUGGUAGUGAUUCUUUCGGUCAGUAUAAAACACGGACUGCGGACUGCGGACCAUGGACUGCGGACUGGGUAUAAAAUAUGGACUAGGUAUAAAAUGCGGAUUCCGGACUGAGUAUAAAACACGGACUAGCUAUAAAACGCGGACUACGGACUAUGACGACUUUAAAAAGGUAAAACUGAGAGAAAUGGAAAGCGGACUAGCAAAAACAGUAGUCCCAGCUUUAACAUUCCCUUGGCUGUUCACUUAGUCUAUUCUUCCCACGGAGAAGGAAGGUCAUGCCGGUACUCAAGGCAACUGAAAUUAAACUCUGAAUUUUAUAAAAAGAGGGAGUUAGAAGAGAUUUCAAUUUGCAGUUUUAAACCAAUAAGAAGCAGCGAAUUUAAAAAAAUAGUGCUGGUGUUAGUCAGAUCAGUAAAAUUCUUAUCAGAUGCCAUAAUUCCGUUUCAAAUAAAGCCUUGGGAAUACGAGGACUGAAUGAGGAACUCAGACGAGAAGGUCAAUGUAGGGGCAUUCCGCGAUGCACAAAAGCAGUAUUUAGGGGGAAGGGAUUACUCUCAUGCGUGAAUAAUAACCGAAAUGAGUCAUCCAACGUUAUAUUCUAAGCGAUGAUUAUGAUGGCAUGAUUUACACCCUUCUCCUGAUCCCCGGACGGUGGUACUACUGGGUGUUCUUGGUGGGGGUGUGGGACCCGGUUCUCCGAAUCCUGACCUUAUUGCAGACCAAAAAAUGUCAUUUUCCACAUCCGUUUUCAGACCAGAUCUCUAAAAUCCAUACCCAUUUUCGGAUCUGGCCUAAUUUAGCCUGUUUCAGGCUCUCAGAUAGUUGGGGAAACUCCCCAGUUUUGUCCCAUUUUAUUUUCGUGUUUUCGCUUUCUCAAUUCAGCGGACCCAACUAUCUCAGAGCCUGGAACAGUUUAGGUCUAAUUAGGCAGAAAUUAUGUCGUCAUUACCAAGUAAGAGGGGAAACAAAAAAGUUCUCCAAAUGCAUUUCGAAUUCGCACACUUCUAUUUUGUUCUUAUUCAUUUGGAAUUGAAACGAUAAAUACGUCCAUUCAUGUACGCUCCGGAAGUUCCCUCGAAAACCAUACCCGAUUCCACACCAAAAUGGGCAAAGUGUUUUCAGACCAAAAAGGCCCCAAGCCCCUACCCUUUCAUUAUAUAAUGACAAUGACAAUGACAAUGCUUUAUUUAUUUGGAGUCUUAUACAGUCCUAUGUACAUUGACUUUAUCCAAAUAAUUAAUUCAGAAUCAUAAGACAAAUUGCACACUAGUGGACACUAGUAGUUAUAUAAGGGAGUACCACCCCAGAUCCUGACCCCUUUCAUGAUUGUUAGAGACCGAGACAAGGUCUAAAAAUGGGUGUAGAAAAUAGCAUUUUGAUCCGGCUCAUGAUUCAGAGAACUGAGUGGCCCACCUCCACCAAGACUGAUUUAUAGGAGUAUUUACAACUUUAACUCACGUGUCUUGCUAUUUAGCGAUCUUUUGAUCUUAUUUUUCCUUACCUAGAACCAAAUAGCACCAUUUUUACAAAAGUAGUCCGUAGUCCAUAUUUUAUACCCAGUCCGCAGUCCACAGUCGGCGUUUUAUACCUUGUCCGUGUUUUAUACCCAGUCCGUGUUUUCCAGUCCGCGUUUUAUACCUAGUCCGUAUUUUAUACCCAGUCCACAGUCCGUAGUCCGCAGUCCGCAGUCCGUGUUUUAUACUGACCGGUGAUUCUUUGGGUGGAUAUAGUCAUUUUCAUUGGUAACAAAUACAAAAGUGCUGUGUGACAACCCAGGCUAGCGGGGCAACUGGGCCCGCGUCAGGCUUGCAUUUUUUAUUACGAGUUUUCCAAUGGCAAGCAACAUUUGCAGAGAAGAAAUUAAUAAUAAUUAAUAAUUGCUAUUUCUCCAGGCUAAUUAGUAAUAUUAUUAUUCAUUUGAUUUUUUUAUGUUAAUUUCUUGUGAAGUGAACGACUGUAAGGCCACUUGCAGAGCGAGUCAAUAGUUUUGUCGAAAUUUGUGUCAUGCGUGUAAUGACUGUGUGGAUUGGGAAGGGGCGGCAGAAACACAAGUUGGCUUUUUAUAUAUUGGGUUGGUAGUUGCAGUGUUGUUAUUGAUAUGUGAUGUUGAGUUGUUUGGUCUGUUGUUUGUAUUUUCACUGUUUUUGAUGAUCAAGAAAUGAUUCUGGCUGGAUAUUUUGACUGCGGAAGUAUUUUACAGAAAACAUUGACAGAGGCAAUUGGGCCAGCAGCUUCAAAAUACAAGCGAAAAUUGAGAUAAAGGAAGAAUAAUAAAUUGUUCCUUUAUCUCAAUUAUUGUCAGGCAUGCAAUUAUUGUCAGUGCGACUCACUUAGCAAAAGAGUUUGUUUAGGCUGGCGAUAUGUCUCUCCAAAGUGUGUUUCAAUUUGACUUUUUACCGUCGAAACCCUGCAAAAAGUCUUUUUCCCUGUCAUCUUUUUUUUAAAAUAGCUUUAUUGGGUUUCAUUAUCUGAUACAUAAUUACGUAGAAACUUUUUAAAAAAGCAAUAAAAAGUGGGAGAAGAAAAAAAGGAAAAAAGGUAUUAUAUCCAAAGUGGCAAAACCUUAAACAAGACCAUAAGGACUUAAAGAAAGAAAAAAAACUAAAUAUAAAAGGUCAAAAUCAAUUAUUAAAUAAAUUAUUAUCUCAUUUGGAAUUCAUUUUACAUGGUGAAAAAGUCAAAUUUAGUUUGCGAUUUUUCGCACUGAUGGAUCAAAGAUUCAGCACCAUACUUCGGCCCAAAGUAUAGUAAUUUGCAUGCUAACUGUACUGCCUUUUUUGUAUUUUUUUUCUCAAUCUGGCGGACAAAAUAAUGCUAAAUAUGCUUUUCAAUACACUUUUAAACAUAAAACCAGACAAUGCGGAAAGAAGAAGAAGAAAAAAAAGAAAGAGUGACCUUCAUGACUAUAUUCGCAGCUGAUCACCUAUCUAGUUAUUAACCCUGCCGGACAUGGCUUUAAACUUGAGUUGUGCUACUGAAAAACCUAGUUUUGUGAGGGUUAUUGCGAGAUAUGUUUUGUAGUAACAUGUUAGUUCUUUGAAUCUUCAGACUACACCAAAAAGACAUUCACAUGGGAAAAAUAUUUAGCCAUUUGUCGUGCACCAUUUACACCUGCUCCCUUGUUUAGGGUAAGUGUGAUUAAGAGGCAGAUCAAGAAUAGUUAAGGCAUGGAAACUGCAGUAAUAUUUUUUAAAUCGUUUUUUAGUGUUUAUACUACUUACAUGAGAAAUUUUCUGCAAUUUGAUUAGCUUAGAGCAUGCAGUGGUAUUUCAGGUUAAUUUGAAAUACCUACAUGUGAAAAUUACAAACCUUUUGCUGGUACUAGAAUAAACAAAUAAUAGCAUGAUUUGUAGGUGAUAUUUGGCAUAAAUACCACUCGUGAUAUUUCAAAAUUGUUUCAAAUUUCACUCGCCUAAUGGCUCUUGAAAUUACGUAUAACAACUUUGAAACAUCACUUGUGGUAUUUAUGCCAAAUAUCACUACAAAUCAUGCUAUUACCUAUACUAAUCCAUUUCACCCCUCAGUAUUUCUGUUAGCCGGAUAAGAAAUUUGGUUCAGAUCAGCCAAAUUGAAUAAGAACUGCUUGACAAGUUACCCAGAUAUUACAAUAGGGACUUUAAGAUCCAACGAUGUGAUGACGACAAGAACGUCGCUUAAAAAGUCUUUAUAGCGAUUAUUCCUACCCACUUACUUCGUCAAUUGUAGGCGAACCCUCCUGAAGCUGAAUUUCAAGGGACCAAAUUCAAGCUCAGAAAGAGAAAUAAAAUUUCUUCGUCGGUUGUUUACGUCCUCCAUAAAACGCGAAAUUAGGAAUUUUCACGUCGUAGUCAUGUAAAAACGGGAAAGAAAUGUACAAAAAAGUGUGAUGCACGUGCAAAGUUGUUGUUUUGCUAAUUAAUUGUUUUUUUGACAUUCUUGUUGUCGUCCGCGUCGUUGGAUCUUAAAGUCCCUAUUAUUGCCGUUGAACCUCCAUGUUCAACCUCCUGUUGUAUAUUGACCAGGUCCUCUCCAAAACACCAUGUUCCCAGUCAUAGCCCCAUAAGUAGAUCUGCUUGUAAAUUAUGCAACCACCUCUCAUAAGUGGCUGGAAGCACUUUUUGUUCUGACCAUUUAUAGUUUUCCAGUACUGUGUAAACAAGGGACGAGCAGGAGUGUAUUAUGCCGAGAGUUUUUAAACCUGAUAAUACGUACGUACAUGACUGAGAGUUUUUUGAACGGCUUCAAAAUCUCUGUUAUAGAUCAACUCAUUCUUGUAUUAAUAUUUAGAUUUGGUGUUAUUGGUUUAAAAAUUGGACGUAAAGUUUAGCUGUGUCUUUGACUGAUAUCACAGGAAAAAAUAACGGAUUCCCAUUUUUGGAUAUUUUUGGGUAUUUAAAGAAUACCCAUAAAAAUCCCAAAUUUGGCAAAGUGACACAAGUCCCAACCAGGGAAUUCCCAACCAAGUUCCCAGAUUGGACUUGUCUCACUCUUCCAAAUUUGGGAUUUUUGUGGGUAUUCUUUAAAUACCCAAAAAUUGGGAACCCGUUAUUUUUUCCUGUGUAUAAAGACACUCAUUAAGCAUUAAUUUCUUUUUUUUAUAUAUAUGAAUUAUUAAUGAGUUCUUGAAUUGUUUUUACCCUCUUUUAAGCAACCACUGGAUGCACAGUGUAUAAUAUAAGUCUCUUUAUCUGCUGUAAUUGUACAACCCAGUGAGAAAAGAAAUUUCAGCUGCAAAAAAUUCUGAACCAAAACAUAGAUCUAUGUGUUGGGACUUCUUCUCAGAAGAGACCCCUUGUAGUUCAAUCCUGGUAAGUAGCCACCUGCCGUUAACAACUCCACUAAAAUAAUCUUUACAGUUUGGGUGGCUUCUUUAGGCAGGUUCGACUGAAUAAUAAUAAUCAUUGUAACUGUAAUGCUCCAGUGCUUAAACAGUGUUUCUAAUAUUUUUAAUGCAGAAAAUAAAGACUCAUAAAUUCAAACCUGGCAUGAAGCUGGAAGUAGUUGAUUUGGAGCAGCCGCAAAUCAUUCGUGUUGCCACUAUAACAAAUGGUAUGGGGCGGAUGUUACAGCUGUUCUUUGAUGGCCAGCAAAAGUUUCAGUUUGUCGAUUUUGAGUCACCUGACAUUUACCCCAUUGGCUGGUGCAAAAGAACUGGACACCCCCUUCAUUCACCAUUUGGUCCAAGUAAGUUUUGAUUGUGUAAUCAGGUUUAAAAAAUGUUGAUGGUUGGUUUGUAGUGUAAGUAGUGCAGUUUGCUGAUCUAGCUUGAGUUUACAGGCACUCCACACAAAUACAAAUUAAUAUAUACUGUAAGGGGAUUAAAAUGCCCAACUGCAGGAGGCAACCAGUCUCUAUUCACAAUGAGGCCUGACCAAGGUUUUGAACUUGGAACGACCAAGAAACAAACCCAGUUAGUGGCCAGAGAAGGAAUCAAACCCAGGACUGCCAGAUUGUGAUUCUGACAUGGUGACCAUUGGGCCACGCUUUACAUAGUGUUCCCCCAUGCCAAUCAGUUUAUAAGUGUCCAGUGUUGAUCUAGCCUGCAAGCUGGCAAGCUCUCCAUUUGAAGUGGUGAGCAAAGCAAGCUGCAAAGAAAACGAAAGCUUAAGCCACCAGAGGUAGAGGAAAAGGAGAGCUAGAAAGAUCUCUGAAGGAUUUUUAUUUCUGCUUUUUUAAAAAUGAAUAGCUCCUUACAGUUGUAAAUAAAUUUUGAUUGAUGACAGGCAUGGCUGUCUGUGCAUGUGGGUGAUUCUUAAGGUUCAAUUUGGUCUUGAGUCCGCACUUUAUAGAACCUGGCAUAAUAGAAGAGAUUGCAGUAAAGAAGUUUGCCAGGAAAUCUAGCUUCUACUAAAUAGGACCACCUUUUUUGUAUGUAGUGGCAUUUAUGAAUUUCGAGAAGUAGAGUGGAUUUCAUCUCAAAGUGAAUAUGUGGAAGAUAGAUAUGCUCAGAAAAAAUCAUUGUGGUGACAAAAACAUUGUUUUGAAACAGUGGAAAGCUUGGAGUGGUAGCUAGCUUAACUUUCAUAUGAGGUCAAGGCUUUGACUGACGGCUGUCGCAUUUCUUGUCUCUGAUACAAUGUUUUUAGGCUUUAUGGUUUCUGGGGUGGAAAGAAAAUUUAUUAAAGAUUGCUUUAAAUCCCCUUUCCUCACUCUCGCAUCUUCUCUUGUUUGUGGCUUGCCCAUAACAGAAAAGGAGAGCUUGCUCACACGGGUUAGUGUUGAUCUCACCUUCCCACUCAGUAGCUUUUCAAAGAAACUGGGCUGCUAAGACAAGGUGGCAGAUUGACAGUAAACAUUUCACGUUUAAUUGCUGCCCAGUAUGACAUAAGUCUGUUUUUUUUAGUGAACGUUUGAGUUUUGAAGUUAAUCUUUUCCAUAUCAUUGAGGAGACUAUUUGAUCAUUUACUGUUUUUUUUAUUUCAUUACAGUUCCAUCAGAUGCAGUAAGGUUGGUAUACCCUACGUGACUUUUUUUCAGCUUAAAUUUUUGCAAUUUGCUUGAAGUGCAUUUCUCUGUCCUUUUUUUAAAUAUUUGCUGUGUAAUUGAUCAGUUUUUUAGAGAGCUUUAAUGUUAUUUACAGGUGCAGUAAAUUUUGUUCUUGGUCCAGUGAACAAACAGAUCGUCGGUGCCAUCCCUAGUGGAAAAGUGAAUUACUUGAAAAAUAAGUUGUAGUGUUUAAAGGUCUCCGAUUUUUUAGUAUUGUAGCAGUCGUAUGAAUUAGUCACGUGACGGCUAAUGAUAGAGAACCGCAGGAAGUUCUUAACCCCCAUCUCUAUUGAGGGUUGAAUGCUGGCAUCUGAUAGGGAUGGCCUUAAUUUGAGUUUUCUUUUAAUGUCCACCGUCUCCUGGUCAAGGAUCGUGAUCCCCUUCCAGUCGAUCUCGUGGUUGGCGUUAGACUGGUGUUCCCAGAUUGUAGAUUGUUUAAUUUGUUGUUUUAUCUUUUUUGCCAUGUGACUAAUUCGACAACAACACAGAGCAUUCAUUGCUGACGAACACUUUGCGGUACUGUCAAAGGCUCCAAUAUUAAAUAAUCUGAGACCUUUUGAGUCACUAGAAUUUAUUUUUCAAAUUUCAAUUCCAAGGUCAAGAAUAAGCAUUCAUGGAAUUUUGAAUCACAACCGACUUGUCAAGACUUUGAGUUAAUUAUACAUAAAUGAUAAUUUCAGUCACAGUUGUAAAAUUCCGUCAAUGCUGUUACAGUAGGACGGUGCAAUAUGAGCAAAGCAGUGAACUGAAAAACAAAAUCAAAAUCCUUUGGUUGAUCUUUGAUAAUACACGUACAUUUUAAACUACAGCAAUGAUAAAGAUUUGAGUGAUGGAUAAUAAAGUACAGUGUACAUGUAACGUUUUGUUGCAAUCUGCAGCUCAUCUGAUGAAGAAGAGACUUUAGACUUGCCGUCAUUCCUAGAGGUCAUGGGAAGACAGAACCAAUCCCAAACAGGGCAGCAAGCUGUUGGUAAGUUAGCUCUAUCAAGUUCUCAUUGCGUUGUUUAAGAAAAUUCUUUAAGAACAGUUUUUGCAUCAGAUUUCAUUUUUCUGGACUUUAUAUGAUUUGCCUGCUAGUAAUACGUGGAAGGAGAUUCGAUGCAGUUACCAAUCACACUUGAUAUACAGUAAAAACCUGUGACUAAGAACCUGGUUUUUAAGAACCUUCGGGGCUUUGGCAGCACAGGAGAAUUUCAACUUUUUUAAACGUUGCAAAAUAGUGAAAAUUGGUUAGAACUGUUAUAUAAACAGGGGCGGAUUUAAGGGUGAGCCGAGAGGGCCGCGGCCACCCCUUUUUCUUUGAAAUUUUGUAUCAUUUUUACAGAAUUCUCAGAAAAAAUAAAAAAGUAUCUGUAUAGCUGAUAAAAAAGACAAGACCGCAGAUUCCAUUCAAGAAGCAAUCUAUUUUUCGGCAUGUAUACUUUGAAAUUGCUCUGAGUUGCAGAUACCAAUACCCUUUUUCCAUUCACCAUUGACGAUGUGAACCUUUUUACCUUCUCAGGGAUGCUUCCAAAACGAAUACCAUCGAUCAGGUAGGGAGAUCUAAUGACAUCGUGUUAAUAGUUUCGGUUGUAAAGUGAAACAAGCCUGCAGUGUAUUCUGUUAUAGUCUUAUCGUAUUUAGCAAAGUCAGUCAGCAAUGUCUUUAGUGCUGUGCGAAGUAGGUCAGCAAAGAAUAAUAAAAAAACAGAUUGUCAUUAAUAAUUUAGAAUCUGACGGAAAUACUGACUGGAUGAUUGAUUGAUUGAUCGAACAAUCAGUUGAUUGAGUCAGUUUUAACCCCCCCCCCCCCCCCCCCUCCCACCAACGAAGCACCUCGACCACUCCAUUUAUCUGAUUGGCUUACUGAGAGCAAACAACCGUUUCCUGGUAUGUUGUUCAGCUUUCUUACCUACUCAUUGGCAUAGGUCCUACCUAUUGCUUUGUUAGAGUAUUAUUUAUUGCUAGAGUUUGACAAAAGGCUCCUUGAAACUCGCCUUUAUAAAAGAAAAUUAAUGCUAUUUCUUCGCUCAGUGUCACGCUUAUAAGGACGGGAAAUUGGAAGAAACCUAAGAUGGAAAUGAAAAAUAAAUAAAAUAAGGCGAGCUAAAAGGUUAGCAAACGAAACGUCGAGUAAAAAUACCGCAUGAGAGAGGAGCAGAUAUUUUGGAGAUAUUUUUUAACCCUAACACCAACAAAAAACCAGUGUAGUGUGCUUCCAUUCGCUAAAUCAAUCAAACUUUACUGUUUCUUUGAUUGUGUUUACGUGUUGGCAUUUCAAGGACCUACCAAAUGGGAUUUUUUUUCCCUUUGAUUUAUUUAAUUCUUGCAGUAAAAUCGAAAAGGAUGACAAGUCGGCCGGAGAGGAGAGCGACAUCAGUGACGAUGACACAGGUAGGCGGAGAUUUCCGAUUGGCUCAGCCAGAAAGUAUUGAAACGGUCUGACCAAUCAGGUUCUACUAGCAUGUUGUGGAUUCAGCCAAUUAGGAAUCAGGAUCCUUGCAACAUACCACAUUAAUUUAACCUUUUAUGAAAGCCAGGCUGUCAAUUAGAAACUCGUUUAGCUGGUAGUUUGUUUGAUACUCGAUGCUGCUCUACGAUGAAAAGGCAUGCUACCAAAACAUUGAAACGUUGACUCUUUUGCCAGGUUCAGAACGCUUUUAUCACAACAAGAACCAGAUCUUCUUCAACAAAAGCUGUUGCUAUGGUCCCCUUUUGGACCCGGACAAGGUGUCACAGUUGCCUGAGGCCACCCCUCCUGGGAAGGUCAGUAGUGUUAUACGCACAGGACUGGAGAUGGUAGCAAAGGCGGCUUUCGAUCCUGAAAAGGUGAUAGACCUAAUGCAGGAAGGAUGCGGAGUACGAGUCGUGGUUAAACACAAGGGCAAGAUUCUAAAGAAGGUAAGAGAACCCACAGCUUUCGUGGUAGUCGUUGGAUAGGGAAGGGGGCAGACGGAAAAUCGUGUGAGAGAGAACACGAAGGGCUUCAUCACGGGCAAACUUGAGAAAUUUGCAAAAGUUAUGCGCAGUUUAGACUACGAGCUGUCUCUCUUUUUUCUUGGUCCGUCGAGCAAAACGCGCGAGACACGCAAAUGACCACGCGCGUGACUGAAGGCGCGAGGCGCUCAACGCUCGCGCGCGCGUGCACUCCCCUUACUAAAUCUGAAGAAAAAGAGAGACUGCGCGCAGUCUGCUCGCAGUCUUAUUUUCAUUUCAAAGUUUUGAUACCAUUCGGACACCCGUUGGACACUUAUUUUCAGUUUGCUUUUCCCUGGGGAAAGAAAGAUACAUUUUCGGACACCCGCUUAAUAUGGACACUUCAUUAUUACGGGCAGUUUGCUUUGUCCCUGGGGAAAGAAAGCCCUUACAUUUUCUCUAAAUUCAACCCGCUUAAUUUCAUUAUUACUACAUUCAACCCUUACUUUUCUCUAAUUCAACCCGCUUAAUAUGGACACCUCAUUAUUACGGACACCCUGGGGAAAGAAAGCUCAUUAUUUUCGGACAACCCGUUUGGACCUUUGUCCCUGGGGAAAGAAACCCCUUACAUUUUCUCUAAAUUCAACCCGCUUAAUAUGGACACCUCAUUAUUACGGACAGUUUCCUUUGUCCCUGGGGAAAGAAAGCCCUUACAUUUUCUCUAAAUUCAACCCCCUUAUUACGGACACCUCAUUAUUACUCGCAGUUUGCUUUGUCCCUGGUGAAAGAAAGCCCUUACAUUUUCUCUUCAUUCAACCCCGCUUAACGCGGACAGCCGGUUAUACGGACACUUUCUAUAGCCCCCUUAGUGUCCGUAAUAGCGGAGUUUGACUUCGAGGGGUGCUGCCGACCGGAAUGGACAGGCUCACAUAAAGACAGAUACGGCUAACAUGUGAAAUUUGGAUUAAUUUACGCUCAAGCACAUGGGUGGGUAGAAUGAGUUAUCAGUUGAGAAGACAGAGGGACAGAUUGAUGGGCACACAAAUGUUUGGGUGGACAGACAAAAUGAUCCCGAGAGUUUAACCGUGUGGUUUUUGUAAAUGAUAAGCACCGCAGGAUAGACAAGAAGGUAAAAAAGGACAGAGAUGAUGGGUUGAACAGAUAGACAGACAACAAGGCCAUCAGGCAGAGUAAUUCACUCUGUCAAGAAGUAACGACAAAACAUUCGACUACUUCUCGUUUUUCCCCCUACACUUCUUUUGUGCUUUACAAGAGAACAGAGAAGAGUCAAGGCUUCUUUAUUUGUUUUAUGAUAAAGAAUCCGUUAAAUUCCCGACGCAUUACUUUCUAAUUUUCAAAACAAACUUGAGCUCCGUUUUUUGUACUGUCACAAAGAACGCUUUUUCAACCAAUCAGAGUGCUCGUUAUAUCUGAACUUUAUUAAGAAGACAUCGGCGGCUAAUCUAGAUCUUUAAGUAAGUUGGGUCCUCGCUCAUGUGGUCCCUAAAAGACGAGAAGGGAGACCGGCCUCGACUCCAUUUUUCUUGGCCCUGCGGGCCUCGGUUUGCUCUUAAAAAUGAGGUGGGGGCGCGGGCUCGGGCCUACCCUACCCGAGAUCGACCAUUAGAAAUCCUCUCAUUUGAAUGCUUUUAUCAACAGGCGAUCUCGCGGGUGGACUCGCGGCCAAAGCUAGAGCGUUACUUAAAGAGGUUUUGCCGUCGUCUCAUCUGUUGUGAGUAUUUCUUGAGUCUGAAGCCUGUUCCGACGCCAUGCCCUGAUCAGUGCCAGGCAGAUGGUAAGUAGGGGAAUGGGGUUCAUCAUUUCAUUACCUCAGUCGACCCUUGUACCAUUCAUGAAAGUGCUGCUAUGUCUGCCUGUAGAGUGUGUGGUUGUAAUCCGGCAUAUUUGGUCUGUAUUUUAAUAGUAAGAGCGUUUUUUUCCAUCCGGAAGUUCUACUUUGCGAGACAUUUUUUAACCAAUGGUGCAACUCGCCUAACACCUUCUGGUGGGGUUUUGUUGACGUUGGAUUCAAGAAGGAAGUUUUAGGCCCGCAGUGAAGAUAAAAUAAAUGAAACAAAAAGAAGCCAUUCAAACUGUGUUUUCACGGAAUAUCUGUCGACAUCUGAAUGUGAGUACAUUAAGUUAACGGGUUACCGUACAACAACGACAAAGCCAAAAAAAUUCCGGGCCAUGCGCGGAAUCAAAAUAAAAAGGAAUUGUUUCAGUAUUUUGACACUCUAUAGCUCUAUCAGCUGGGAUUUAAGAACGAAAUCGUAUUCCAGUAGUGAGAAGUAAAAGAAAAGAAAGAAAGAAACCUUUAAAGCUAAGCGUUCACAGAAUGUGUGUCCAAAUCUGAACCUGAUUACAGUUAGUCCGCAAACGCUAUUCCAAUCGCAAUAUUUCAAUAGUAUAUCGUUAAUGCACUUUGCCGGAUACCCACAAUUUGACGACUGUAAAUCUACUCAAAAAAGACUACAAAACACAUACUGCCCUUAUUUUACGGUUCACGUCUGCCUUGUAAACAGUGCGUUACACAUUUCUUUUGAGGGUAGAUUUUCCGUUCCUUUGCUUCAAAUUUUUCAUGUAGCUCUUCUUGUCAGACCCUUGAUCCCAUGUGAAGUGACCGGUUUAAAAACUUUAUGAUUUUAAAAUCAAAUUGAUUUUUGUUUCGAUUUUGCCGUUUUCAGCAUUCUUUUUGUAAAAUUUUAUUACUCAUAUUCCUUUCACAAAAAAUAGCAGUCAAAUUCGUAUUUUGUAGUUAAAUUAUGAUAACAGCUGACGACAGUGAAAACGAUUCCUUGUCAUUGGCUUUUUACAUGUUGGUACAUUCUUUGUCUUUCACUACUAGAAACCUACGUUAAGUGAUAGAAUGAAACGUUUAAAGGACAGCUUAAAUAUGCUCUGGUUAAUUUUCCUUUCUCUAUUUUAACUUGCAUACAUUUCAACAAAUUCUUCUUACUGGCAAUUUAGUCUGAUUAAAAAAAUGGCAGAGAAAGGACAAACGAAUUAAUUCUCGACUUUGACGUUUUCCUUGACGUCGCCUUUAUCGGGCUGUGUAAGUUUUCUGAUGCACUUGAAAAAAAUCUUCCACUACUUGAGUAAGUUAUCUUGAAGGAGAAUGUAAAUCUAAGUUUUAAGUCUAUGAUUGAAGCCCAUAAAUUUGACCAGUUAGAAGUCCUUUUUUCACAUUUUACUGUAUAAGACUGAAGAGUAUAAGAGAAUAAGAGCGCUUUCUUAUUACUAUUUUUUCUUUUAUUUAAGUUGGAAACCAAUUGUGAAGAUUAGGCUUAAGUUUAAUUAAAAAGUAUAAACGAAUUAGAAUAACAAAAAGGAAAACUGCUGUUUCCGGGUACCCGUUAAACUCAUGAAGGAAAGUUGUGGUUAAUAAUUAAUAACGCCCUUGUGGUAAUCAGAUCGUCAACUUUGAAUUUAGCUAGAUCUUUGGCGUUUCAUUUGAGAGUUAGAUUAGAUUACUAUCAGAAUGUUGAUGUAAAUUGAGAUGGAGAGCGCCUAAAUGUCGCCCGUGUCUUGACGGCCAUGCAACAAUGUGCUUUGAGUACGAAGAACUGAGAAUCGUUUUGUCUGCGCCUUAUCUUUAACAAUAUCGUAACUGUAGUUUCAACUUCGUUGGUGACCGAAAGGAAUGAUUUAUUUUGUGUUUCAGAUCAAGGAAACUUACAAGGUCCCAAAGGGCUAAAAGCUAAGAGAUCUCGCGAAUACUUUGAAGUCAAGCAUCUCGGAGUUGAGAAAAAGAAACGUGGCCGGAAGCGAAAGUCAGACUACUUACUUCCGGUCGAUCCAAACAGUGUUGUUACGAGGGCUCUUGGAGAGAGCGGAUUACCCAUUGGGGCGCCUUUUAGUGUGGUUCAGGGACAGACCACCUUUUCUACGACAACCGCCAUUGCUCCUGUUCAGAAUGGUUCCGUAGUCACUCAAACCCCAGGGAUUCCCCAAGUGACUCCGCAGGGAGCCACCCCUGGGGUUUCAGUCACGACUGUUAGUGCAGGAGCUCCGGGAUUCCAGACGUCUGGCAAUGUGACAGUGCCUCGUUCAGCUACCGCAGUAAAAGGCAUCCCGGUGAUUGCUCCGCAGGGAAAAGUUCCCAUGGCCCAUCCCCAGCGUUCCCCGGUGCCGAUUAACGCUUUACCGGGAGGAAAACCAGUUACAAAGGAGGUAGAGUAUCUGAAUCAAUUUAGGUUUCUAGGAAACUGCCCACCUACCCCUCUCCUAAGUCAACAUUAACACUUACUUCUCACUUAGGGCAAAAUGUUGGGUUACAGAAGGGGUAGGUGGGUAGUUUCCCAUAAACCUAAAUAAAUCCGAGUAUCUAUCACAAUUAAAUUAGUAGAACUCUACUUGUAUUCUGUUGCGGUUCUUUCACUGUUAUUUUUUAUUAUUGGCUCAAGUAAGUUGAGGAAAUCCAGGUUUUAUGCCAAUAAAAACUUGCUAAAAAAUUUUCGUGAGCAUACUCUUAGAGCAGUUAGUGCACCCUAGGAUCAGAGGAGCAAAACAGCAAAUACUCGCAGCUAAAAUGUUGCAAGGUCUAUCAACAAUUCAAUAGGCACGUUAGGGUGAGACUUAAUUUCACGAUGUCAAUUUUUUUUAUUUUUAGGGAGUGCAGUCGCAUAACCCAGGAAGCGCGCCAAACGUUCCUUUGACUGACGGCUCUAGUCGCAUUGUGACCAAUGUGUCUAGCCAAAGGUUUGCUACAAACGCUACCAGCUUAGGUACCACAAUCACAUUCGGCCGGGCUCCUCCUAACGUCACCAUAUCGAAUUGCGUCCCACCUCCGCUGACCAAGAUAGCCACCGAGGGCAGCAGCAGUCAUGUGACCACCACCACUAACGUGACGGUGGAACCGCAUAGUCAGCUUGCGAUUCAUGCUGUGUCCGCAGUGCAAACGGCCAGCAGUGUUUCAGUGCCGGCUCCUUUCUCCUCCGGUUCUUUACACGUGCCUCCAGUUUCAAGGCCUUCGUUUAGUACCGCCACCGCAGGGCAGAUGCCAGUUGGGACUGGGUACAAACCUGCGACGAGCCCCCCGGUAUUUCCCAGACAGGUGUUGAGUACGAACCCCGGCGGUGUAAUCCGCCAUCCUGGAGUCCAUCCGAAUCCCCCAGGGAAUGCCUCACCAAUACAAGUAAAGCCAAGCAGUGGAACCACUCCUCCUCCUCCUCCGCUAGUUCCCAAUGCUCGCGUAACCCCUCAGGGAGUUCGACCGCAGGGAAUGUACGUACCUGCUCAAAGCAGCAGCAGUAGCUCCAUUUCACAGCCGCGUCCAGUAUUACAUUCCCAUCAAUCUCCUUACAGUCCCAUAGCUGCCAGGAGUGGAGUAGUUAAUCAUCACCCUCAAGGAACUGCCCCUCUCCUUCUAAGUAAAUCUUCUGGGGUCACUAGUGCAACCCCUCAAGCUGGCAUGGUCGCAAGGGGAGUAGCGCAGCCUGGAGCCCUUCCCGUUUCACAAAGGCCCAUCAUGCCGAAUUAUCAUGGCGUUCCCCGUUCAAGGAACCCUCCUCAAAACGCCCCUCCGAACAUGAGGUUCUCAAGUGUCAGGGCCCCCCUAGGGGGUGGAUUUGCGAGGCACCCUCUACCCAUGCGUCCUCAGGGGAAUGCUGUAGGAGCACAACAGCAGGUGAGAUUGUCAUUUUCGCAGAGACAAAAAAUACAUCAGCGUAUGUUAAUUCCAUGAAGAUGACGGAAAUAAGCGAAUUUCAGUCAAACCCCGUUAAUACAGACACUAAGGGGGCCGGCCAUAGAAAGUUUUCGUAUUAACAGGGUGUCCGUAUUAAGCGGAUUGAAUUUAAGAAAAAUGUAAGGGCUUUCUUUUCCCACGUAAAAAGCAAACUGCCCGUAAUAAUAAGGUAUCCGUAUUAAGCGGGUGUACGUAAAGCGGGGUUUGACUGUAGUCGGUAGGGCUCUUGUAUCCGACGGAUUUUCGAACCUUCUGGUUCUUUAGAGACCUGAGGGCCAAGUUGUUGGAAUGCCGAUUAGUGCUAACCCGGGAUUAAAUUUUAUUCUGGGUUUCUUUUAUGUUCAAAAACAUUUUCUCAGUUGAUUUUCUCUCGGUUCUUUUUAGAGCAUCGAAUCAUCAAGAUGUAGACCCGCAAAAAGAAUUAAAACAAAUUAGAAUCUUAACUUACUUUUAAGCUUUCAUAGCUGAAUUUAAAUUUCGCAUUAACCCUGGGUUGUCUUAAGCCAGCUUUGAACAACUCGGUCCUGGUUGAAGUUGUGAUUAUUGACGUUAUUUUCAGAGCUUCAAAUUGCGCUUUAACGUGCCUACGGUGUCGGGAACAGUACACCAGCGGAAUAUGGGAUCUAAUCCACCUGUAAGUUUCGUGGACGCGAAAUUGGUGACGAAAUCUCGUAUCGGUCCAACACCGAUACAGCCCAAGUCUUCUAUAGAGCAUCUGGAAGCUCUGACGAAUGCCACCAACCAAGAAGUGAAGAUAAACGACGAACCAAAGAUAAAGGAAGAGGAAACGAAAGUGGACGAAGAAGAGGAAGAAAAGGGAGAAAACGAAGAGAAGUCUGCAUCACCUCCAAAAAGGAAUCUGUGGUGGCUGAAAAAGAAGCGGAGAAAGCGGCCACGACUGACCUAUAUUAAAACGAAGUAUCGUCGCAAAGAUGACGAAGGCGCUCCGAGUACUUCCGAAGUAACUCCGAUGGACAUGGAUAUAGAGGACGAUCCCGAAGUUGAAGUGGAUGAUGGUCCCUCUCAGUCGUCCUUAGGAGACAGGCCCAAAAGAGGACGACCCCCUAAGGGCGUUGGGUUCCGUUUCAAGACUGAAAACUUCUCGAAUAGUGAUCCCGACUGGGACGAGUCGGAAGAAAGAAGGCGAGUUAAACCUGUGGUCAAGAAAAGAAAAGGAAGAAUCAAGAAAGGUAUAUGAUUGAAAUUUAAUUGCUUGAUAAGAACCUGGCCCUGGUUGUUCAAAACCUGGAUAGCGAUUUAUCCGGUGAGAAUAAGUAUUACGAAAACCAAAAUUGCUAUACCGAGUGGAUCAGUAAUUUAUCCAGUGGAUAGUGCUAUCCGCCUUUCGAACAACUGGGGCCUGGUAUGAUUUGCGAUCAGUGGAAAGUGGGCCAAGCUCCCUUUAUAAGUACUUUCCAGUAGACUGCCAUAUCCGGAGUAGGUGAACACUUCCUUUUUCUAUGUCAUGGUGAGCGCCACUUUUCUCGUUAAACUGCUGAACUGAUUUAAUAACUAGUAAUUCUCACUUGGAACUCUAAAAGAAAGAUAUCAAAUGAUUGUAACGAAGGGAAACAAAGUAUUAUCGGUUUUUGGACAUUUUUCGAUAACGCAGGAGUUUAACCUGAAAAAGUUGGCCCGAAUUUUCAAGUUGCAAUCCGUUGCAAAUCGAAAACAAUUCUUCAUAGUCUAUACUCUUAUGUUCAAAACUUUGCAGUGAAACCACUCUCCUGCGGAUCGUAGUUCCGCUUGAGUUUUGAACAUUCUGACAUUUUGACGUCAUUCCUAUGGUCGACAUUCGACAAGAGUGGUGGACGCUUGAUUGACCGGACGCUUUAGCUAGCGCUCCGCGUUCUCGCAUAUGUGUAUUUGUCGUUAGGUUAGUUUAGAUCAUUUCUUUUUUUUUUUUGUUUUUGACUAAUGGGAGACAAAGUUAAGGCGUUAAGAAAAGAAAACGAUGAUUUAAAGAGACAAUUGAAUAAUCUGAAGAAGUGCAUCAGUAGUCUGUAGUCAUAACUGUGUUGUCUUUUAUUAUUAGUAAUACCGUUAGUUUAUCAGUAGUCUCUAGUCAUUGAUGUCAAUUUUAGUUUCCUCAGUUCUCUUGUUACUUUUAGUUGUAUUUAGUUGUAUUUAUUUCCUGUGAACAUAACCCCCCCUAGAUUAGCUUAGCAUAUAUGUAUGCAUCCAUCUAUGUAUGUAAAAUUGUUGUCGAAUUGUUAAGUCGACAUUGAUUGCUUGUUAAUGCUCGAUUCCUUCUUCCCUAGAUUCUACUGAAGUGACGUCACCGAAACUGAAGUCUCCAGGCUUGGCUGGACCAUCACAAAUCCCAGGCUUCUCUGGUGCCGUGGUGAAGGAGGCUGGAACCAGUCCCCCAUCACAUUUGGCUCGUUCACCCCCAUUUUCACCUCGGAGUUUUCAACGUGCACAUGCUUAUCACGGAACAGGCAUCCCUGGCGAUAAACGUGUUAUUUCUCCUAAGGGCUCUGUGUCUAAAAUGGUGCGCAUGAGUUCUGGAUCAGAUCCCAGAGGUAUAGUUCUCUUUUAGCAUUUAGCUUUUUGAAUUAUACGCUGUUAUUAAAUGCCCGUCGAAUACCAACCCAUUUUAUCAUGUUUUAGUAUUACGUUUAUUUGCGCAAUAAUAAAUAAUAAAUAAAUAAUAACAUUUAUUUGUACCGCGCAAAUUCAACUAUACAGUUUUCAAAUGCGCCUUACAAUUAAAAAUUACACGAAUGAAUAAUUAUCUAGUCUAUAAAUUACAACAUAAUAUCAGAAAAGGCUUUUUUAAAAAGGUGAGUCUUCAAAUUACGUUUAAAAACUUCAAAAUCGGAGGUGCAUCUAAGAUCUCACGGAAGAUGAUUCCACAGUUUUGGUGCGGCGGCUACAAAGGCUCGGUCACCAAGAGUGGGGAGAGUCCUGAAGUUUGGAUUUGAAAGCAGAUAUUUGUUAUUUGAUCUGAGACUGUAGGUAGAAUUAGGUUUAAAGUUAGCGUUAGCAUUAUCAAGCAAUAAAUAUUAUUAUUAACAGUCGAACUGAUCUUUAUUGCUACUAUUCGCCACUUAAGAAAGGAUCCUUAAAUAAAACUGUCCGAGACCAGGUUUUAUGAGCCCGCGAGACUGAGCACCCCGCCAAAACCCUUGUUUUCACUAAGACCGCUGGACGCCACAACCUGCUUGAGGUCAUUGUUAUUUAAGAGGGAGUCUCCCUAAAACCGGUCCACUGCGUUUCGGGUCGGAAAAUCAAUUUCCUUUAAACUUUGCCCAUGAAUAUAUCUUAGUCCAAAAGUAAUUGAAACCGCAUUAGUUUUUGAAAAUAUUUCAAAAUAAAAUUUUUCGGGAGGAAAAUCACUUCAGCACUCGGCGGCCAAAUUUUCGCAGUGACAAAGAGUGAAAAUAGGCCAAAUUGCCGAGUUCACCACUUCAAAGUUUUGCACUUUCAACGAUUUUUUUCACUUCCUAGGACUAAAUUGGUCCUUAAAUGAUGUAAAGGACACAAUUUUGGUCUUUCAAAAACAACUCGUGUCUACUAAAUAUUUUUUGAUUUACACCCACCGUGCCGUACGCAGGAAAUGACUCAAAAAUGCAUAUUUUCAUCCUAGCACUGUGCAAAAUCCCCACAUCUUCUAAACAAAAUGUCUUUUCAGACCAACAAAGGGAAUGUUUAAAAACAUAGAAACAUAAAAAUAUGUUGUGAUUUUAACGAUUUAUCAGCACAGCUGAUCGACGAAAUGUGCCUAUUUUCUGUUAUGACUGUUUACAAUACACGAUGCAAGGUCUUAAUGCAAAUCCCGAAUAACACAAUAAUUCAUCAAAUGUAUCAAGUAUUUUAAACUUUUUGUGACUUUUGACAUAAUAGAACAUCAUGCAGGAAAGGAAAGCCUUUAAGCCGAACGCAUUAAUACUACAGGUGUACCUGUUUACGGCGCUUGAUCCGAUCGAAUCGUCUUCGCUGUGUACACAAAACUGAUAUCACAUGAUGGCGCCUGUCACGCAUUCCUAUAUCUGGAAUCGUUACGCAGCGAAAACACUUUUUGCUAGUCUGACUAAAACUGACAGGCAGGAAAUUAUCUUAUCAAUAGAGUAUUCUAUUAUAUUUAUUGCUGUUUUCGUUGACAAGCUACAAUAUCAAGAAUCAUGCAUGCAUAAGUGCCCAGUGCAUUAACAACAGCAACAUUGUAGUUUUCCAAGAACAGGCUCCUAUCCAUUCAGGUUACGAUUUAUAAAACAAUUGGUCGUCGCUAUGAGCUUUCACUUUGUUUUGUUUUAUGUUUGUCGUUAAUGUUUUUAUUUAUUAUUUUUUUAAAUAUAUUUCAUAUUUCUGGUAGCCCGUGGUAUUAAACCGACGAGUACCUGUUCUCGGUCUUAUCAAGCUCCCUGACUCAGGGUGGGGUUAGGAAUAGGGGUGGAGUGUGCUUGCUAGGAGGAGGUCGGCUAGACUGUUCACAGUCCUCUAUUUUUCCGUAAAUCGUCGGUAUCAAGCACAUUCUCUAACAGGUGGCCUUCUUGGUUUUAAAAUGUACUGGGUUUAGCCUGGGGAUGACUAUGAAAUCUACUCUUGGGGCAGCGGACCCAAGAAGGCCCGCACAUCUGGACGAUUUUACGGAAAGAUAAGGGACAGUGAACAGUCUAGUGGCCUGCAAGCAAACAUCCCCCUUGCUAUUAUCCUAGAACAAAUCCUGUAUCUUUGAAAUUAGGUUACCCUGCAUUUAAAACUGGCGUGCUGGUUUACCUCGUUUAGGGCUUUCGAUUUGGACUCUAUUCCUUCCGUUUCCGACUAGUAGUUUUAGCCAGGGCUAAAAGCGCCGCUCUGACUCGUUAAUAUACUAAAAGUUGUACCCCAGAAAAAAAAAAAUUAAUAAAAAUCGUGUAAUGCUAACCGGUGACGGCAACGAGAAAUGCAAUAAAAAAUCAAUAGGGCUUAAGAGCGAAAAAAAAAGUUUGCACGUGCAGCACAUUUUUUUUGUACAUUUCUUUGCCAUUGUUUUGCACGACUUCAAAGUACGUGAAACGUCCUAGUUGCACGUUUUAUGGAGAAAAAAUCGUAUAUGUUCCCACGUUCCAUUUUUGUUUCACUGCCGCUCAUUUUAACCUUGCUGGCCGCUAACAUUUGUCAUUUUCUCAUCGCAGCUUUGAAUUUUUUUUAUGUUUUUUUCUUCCGCGAUGAACUUCGUCUGCUUUCUUUUUUUUCUUUUUGUUUUGUUUUGUUAGUUUCGCUCUAGCUCUUUCUCUGUUAUCGGUGUCAGUGUAAUGGUAGUAGGGGGAAACAGUCGAACGCACGAUCACGUGAUUACGAAAUUUUCUCGCAUCUUACAGGUUACCAUUUUUUUUUUUUUCGCGCGCGCGAGAGCUUCGCUAAUGCUCAUUCUCUAUUACGGAAAGUGGUUAAUUAUUAAUAGUGCCAUAUUUUCAAAUUCUUGUCCGGUUAUUGCCGAAAUGCACAUAUUAAGCUAGCGAUUUUCCUGAAAGGUUGUGAAUUCACAGUGAACCCGCGGAAGAAAAAUGAGUAAUAAUAGGCAGGGUACAAACUCACCGAGGUAGAGUCGUUUUAACUUCUUCUCGCGUCUUUUCCAACAAUCUUUUUCACUACACAAGAGCCCUCUACAACCAUUUUAGUUAUCUUUUGAAGAAGAUCAGGUUUCCAGGUUCUUGUGCCAAAUGAAAUCCCAAGCAAAUUGCUUUUGAAAGAAAAAGAGUGAUUUCUGUGAGCCAUCUCGCGGCAUCAGAGGACGUUUGGCAGCAAUUGUUUCCACAGCUUCGCUGCCAUUUCUUUCUCCAGGUUCCUCAUCGUCCGCUUAGUAUGUAUAGUCUUUUAUUUUUUUUCAAAAGAUUUUGUUAUAAAAAUACUGCGAACAAAAUCGUUAAAUUUUUACUUUUGAACCACUCGGCUUUGGUAAACAUUCGUGUGCGAUCUGCGUUGCCAGCCCUCUGCCCCUCAAGGGGCACCUCUUCAGCUCAAAAAUGGUAUACAAAAGGUGGGUUGGAUGAUCAGGCUGGAGUCUCCCAGUAUAACACUUUGUUGUAUACCCCACCCCCUCCGAUAGGGCGGAAAGGUAAGUUCGCUAAUUAGACAUAUUGGUGUUGUUGUUGUUGUUUUGUUUUUGCAAUUCUCGUUGCCGUUGCAGGUUAGCAUCACACGAUUUUCUUUUUUGCUGGAGUACAACUUCAAGUAUAUCAACAAGAGCUGCUCUUUUAGCCCUGUCUAAAUCUAUAUAUUAGCGAGUUUGAAAGAAAUCGAAAGCGCUAAACGAGGUAAACCACCAUGCCACUUCACAGUCCUUAAAUUCUUUACUAAGUCCUUAAAUUUUCCGUAAAUUCGUCGGGAUCAAGCACAUUCUCUAACAGGUGGCUAUCUUGGUUUCAGAUGUACCGGGUUUAGCCUGGGGACGAUAAUGAUACAGAUACAGUAUUUGUUCUAGAAUAAUAGCAAGGGGGGUAUUUGCUUGCAGGCCACUAGACUAUUGUUAAUCCCGGGGGGUACUUCCUUAUAAGAGGCUACUAGGGAUGUGCCGCUUGAUGGGGUCGUAUUUUCACGACUGGAUUAACUAUAAUGGGGUCGCAUUUUCAAUAGAGGUACUAGAAUGGGGUGGCACAUUUUCGGAUUUUUUGAGGUAAGACAGUUCUUCAUAUUUACGGUUAGCAAACGUACCAGAAUGUUUGAACUGUAGAUGAAAGGUGAAGUGUUCUUUAUUCUAAAAAAUGGGUCAAUUCAUAAAAAUAGAGAGUGCCUAAUUUGGGAUCGCGAAAAAUUACAUAUUUGCCCAAAAGUGGCUAAGAUGGGUUCUAUAAUUGAUUGGCCACAGAAUAGACUAUAAUGGGGUAGGGCUCUGAGAGGGCAGCGGCACGUACAUACAUACAUACAUACCCAGCAAACCCCCCCCCUCCCCGGGUUGUUUACGCACUAUAGGUUCUUAUGCAUGCAUGAUUCUUGAUUUUGUAGCUUGUCAACGAAAACAGCAAUAAAUAUAAUAGACUACUCUAUUGAUAAGAUAGUUUCCUGCCUUUCACUUUUAGUCAGACUAGCAAAAAGUGUUUUCGCGGCGUAACGAUUCCAGAUGUAGGAAUGCGUGACAGGCGCCAUCAUGUGAUAUCAGUUUUGUGUACACAGCGAAGACGAGUCGAUCGGAUCAAGCGCUGUAAACAGGUACACCUGUAGUAUUAAUGCGUUCGGCUUAAAGGCUUUCCUUUCCUGCAUGAUGUUCUAUUGUGUCAAAAGUCACAAAAAGUUUAAAAUACUUGAUACAUUUGAUGAAUUAUUGUGUUAUUCGGGUUUUGCAUUAAGACCUUCCAUCGUGUAUUGUAAACAGUCAUAACAGAAAAUAGGCAUAUUUCGUCGAUCGACUGUGGUGAUAAAUCGUUAAAAUCACAACAUAUUUUUAUGUUUCUAUGUUUUUGGACAUUCCCUUUGUUGGUCUGAAAAGACAUUUUGUUUAGAAGAUGUGGGGAUUUUGCACAGUGCUAGGAUGAAAAUAUGCAUUUUUGAGUCAUUUCCUCCGUACAGCAAAGUGGGUGUAAAUCAAAAAAUAUUUAGUAGACACGAGUUUUUUUUUGAAGGGCCAAGAUUGUGUCCAUUACAUCAUUUAAGGACCAAUUUAGUCCUAGGAAGUGAAAAAAAUCGUUGAAAGUGCAAAACUUUGAAGUGGUGAACUCGGCAAUAUGCGCCAUUUUUACUCUUUGUCACCGCAAAUAUUUGGCCGCCGAGUGCUGAAGUGAUUUUCCUCCCGAAAAAUUUUAUUUUGAAAUAUUUUCAAAAACUAAUGCGGUUUCAAUUACUUUUGGACUAAGAUAUAUUCAUGGGCAAAGUUUAAAGGAAAUUGAUUUUCCGACCCGAAACGCAGUGGACCGGUUUUAGGGAGACUCACUCUUAAGGUCUUCCCUUAAGAAACGAGAGGGAAACUGGACCGAGUUAACGUUCGCAAAGACGUCUGGGACUGUCACGGGGGACAGGGAAAAAAACAAAUUGGCCAAUGGCUGACCGGCGCCUUCCCCAGUAACCAUCCCAGAAACAAUUUGGGUGUUCCAGUCCCCUUCUUGUUUCUAAAAUGGUGAAUUUUUGUACAUAUGAAGACAGAGAAGGUAUUGCAGAAGUCUCGUCUUCCCAGGCCUUCUCGGUCAAUGCUAAAAAACUUGCUCGGACUAAGUGACCCGAAACGGCCGCGGCAAUAAUGAGGCAUAGGGACUACGCAAGAUUAAUUACAGAAUUGCUUGCUGAGUGGCAAAGCGCUCAUGACCAAAACAUUUUAAUUUUGCUGAUCAAAAGUAUGGUCACCUACAAGGGAGUAAACUUAUCUAAAUUCAAACAAUCUGUUUCUUUGUAGGUCAUCACUCUCUCUCUGCAUCACGAUACUCGCCUUACUCCUCCUCCCCCUCGCCUCACGCACCCUACUCUCCCUCAGGACAUCGGUCCACGCACCCAAAGCCACUCUGCGUUGAUGUCGGCACCAACACGUCACUUCCGGGCUGCGUGAACGGCAGGUCACCUGACCUUCCCGCCAACCCCGUUACGUGGUCAGUGGAACAGGUGGUGAGAUACGUGCGCUCAACAGACUGUAUAAAUUAUGCGAAUAUAUUUUUAGAUCAGGUAAUUAUUUGUGAAGAUUCAUGUUUUUAUGUUGAUUUAUACCCUAAAGGACUGUAAAGCACUUAAGUAUUUACUGCAGUACUGUAUGCAGUACUGUACACUGAAGUAAAAACUAAAUGAAGUUACCCAGGGGGCUCCUGAGUUACUUUUUUGAAGAGAUUUGUACAUACAAAUAAUUCAAAUUGAGGCAGACCAGCUUGCUACUUACAUACGUGACUAAUCCGAGGAGUUGAACUUUGGACAUUUAAGAUUGGAACUACUUCUUCCGAGAUAUAUUAGGUUGAAAGGAGUGCGCAUGUGGAGUAGGUGUGAUUCGGGGAUCCAUCUUUUAUUGGAGGAGUCUGGGGGCCUACCCAAGAAAAUUUUUGUUCUUGCGGCGUCCCUCCUGCAAGGUGCAUUUUAAUCGACUAGCGACAAGAGUUUUAGCCAUGAAAUUGGCAACUUUAUUUAGUCAUGCACGUUUGGUUUGUUUUCAUCAAACGAUGUGGUGAGAAAAAAAUACGAAAAAUGUAUUACUCUCUUUAACGUUUUCUAUGAUAAGCCGGCGUUUUUCGCUUGUCCCUUUCCCAGACCCCUUUAGCUCUUUGACACUCUUUUAGCUCACUGAUAUGUCACUUGUUCUUUCACAGGAAAUUGACGGAAAAGCACUGAUGCUUUUGUCACGUGACUCUCUUAUGCAGUUUACGCGCAUGAAGCUGGGACCGACUCUUAAGAUGUGCAGUUACAUAGCUCAACUGAAACUUCGAGCUCGAUGACACGCGCGUAAUAAAUUUCGUGUGAAAUAUGACUGAAAUGCACAGUGGACUGUAGUGUCUUCAGGACGGAUAUUUCAGACACAGAGGACUUUGUGGAUAGUUAUAAUUUUGUAUAGAUUUAGAAGAGGGGGUGAUCAUACCUAAAGCCUAAGAGGCGCAGUGUGAUUAUUCAAAUUCAUUUCCCUCCCAUGUCAGGAAAAAUCUCAACACGCACAUCAUAAAAUCUGACUGUGAAACAAGUAUUACCAUGUGACCGUACUGCUAAAGGGAUUCUAUUUUAUUCAGUGGUCACACGAAAUGAUUAGCUUCACAAACUGAACUGACAGAUUUAAUAGAACCAUUCUUGACGAGUGAUGGAGCUUAUUCGCCUCCUUUGGUAACGUUGUGGGAUCAUAGAGAUGUAGAAAGGUGGAACGAGGGCAAUACCAAAUUCAUCUGUAUACUGUAAGAGCAAGGUCCUUUAUGUUUGAAGACGUAAGGGGCUUCAGUAGAAGAGAUACUACAAACUGAACCGAUGAAGAGUGAAUUGAAAAGAAAAAAACAUGUCCUGUUUUGUUUUACCAGAGGUUCACUCUAAAAAGAACGCUCUUUCUUCUUGAUGGGGUAGUUCCUCCCCCUCCGUGAGCAUGAAGAGCCAUAAAAACAGCAAGAAAACUCUUUACAGCGCCCGUAUAAAAAUUAUAAUUCCUGUCAUUCGUAGCCUGCACAGUAGGUGUUGGUGUAGGUGUUGGGAGCGAGGAAUAAUUCUUCGAUUGCUCUACCAUCACUUUGCAUGAAUAAACUGACAGGGGUGCAGAUAACGCUGAAAAGCUUGUUCAAUUUUCAGAGGAACUGUGAAUGAAGACAACUGGCGAUCAAGAUAACAAAAUAAGAAUCAGAUAGGAAUAAAUAUAUAAAUAAACAUAGAAGAAUCCCGAAGUUCAAAGGAAAAAAGGGCACCGUGACAAAGACCAGCAGGUUUCCUUUGAGUUUCCAUUUGUCAUUACGUUUCUUUUCCAAAACUCUGUUAUAUUCUGUUUUAGUAUAUACUAAAUAACAAUUAUUCACCUCAGUGUCGGUGGCUAGUGGGGGUUAUUUACCUCGACGCCUCGCGGCCUCGGUAAAUAACACCACUAGCCACCUCCACUGCGGUGAAUAAUUGUUAUUUAUCCGAAUUUUACAUGCAACGUUACUGUUUAUGUUUACUACACUGAAGAGUGAUAGUUUUUGUUUAGUUUACAGCUUUUUUGAGAAAGGUUGUUGGAAAAAGUGCACGCGACAAUCCCAAUUUCAAAGAAAUUUGAAAGAAUAGUAGGAGAGGCCGUGGACAUAUGUCUGCGAGUGCUAAAGGAAAGCAAAAAAAGUAGGUUCGACAGCUGCAGUGUCAGGAACGGUGUGUAUUGGUCAUAACCCAUAUUAUCUUUCGGAAUUGUCGCGUGCAAAUUUUUCCGACAACCUUUCUCGAAAUAGCUCUAUACUUUAAUUUGUCUUUCUUGGACAAAUCUUGUCGGACAAUAUACAAUGAAGGAAGUUAAUACAAUUAUAGGAAUUAUUAUCGAGGCGUGCUGUGCGCCAAUCAUACUUGUAAGUGUAUUCAUUCAUACGUUAGAUAACAUUUUGAUACUUCCGAAAUAUUAGAGAGUAUAAAUUGUAUUUUAAAUAAAAGUAAUUUUUGUG